AUGACCAAGACCUUAAAAGAUGUCGGUGGGACUGUUGAAAAGAAUGUAUUAGCAUUUGCUUUUGAACAUAUGUUGAAUGCAAUAUGUGAUACUAACAUGGGUACCUCUCUGCAUGGUCUCAAUGUAGCUCAAGAAGAAUAUCUAGAGAAAAUUCAACAAUUGGGUUCUCUUCUCGUUUAUAGGUAUUUAAUUAAUGAGGUAAACGUUUUAGCUUGUGCUUUCUUGCUUGAUUCAGAGAAAAAAGAAGGACUCGCCAUGUUGGAUUUCGUAAUAGCAACUUCGCGUGAACAUCAUUUGACUAAUAGGAAUAUCAGAGUAGAAGUGGAUACUUUCACAUUAGAAGGUCAUGACACUAUGGCGACAGCUAUAUCCUAUACUUUGUUAUUGAUAGCAGAACACAAGGAAAUUCAGAAAUGA